AUGGCAAGUAGAAAAAUUUUACCAAUUGGAGCUGCAGCAGGAUUAUUAUAUUAUUAUGAUCAAAAUGUUAAUCCUAUCAUUUCAUCAAACUUUCAGCAAUUAAAAAAGGAAACUCCACCUCCUGAAACUAUAGGUAAGAAAGUUUCAGCCAAGAGUGAAGAAUUGAAAAAGUCUUUCAAUGAUAACAAGAAAGAUCUUGAAAAUAAAGUUCAAGCUGAAUCCAAAGGGAUUUCCAAUUCAAUUGAGAAGCAAUACAAUAAAUUAGAAUCUAAAACUAGUGAAUUGUAUAACAAAUUAAGUUUCAAUGACGUUUCUAAGGAAGCUGAAAAUUUGAAAAAAGAUGUUAAAAAUGAAUAUUAUGAAAAGACUGGUCAAAAUAAAAGUCUUGUCAGAUCCACCGUUGCUGGAUAUAUAGAUUAUAUCAAUGAAUUCGGUGAUUACUUAUUAGGUAGAAGUCCAACUCCAGUUCUUACCAACAAACAAAAACAACAAAGUUGGUUUGCAUGGGGUGCUUCUGUCACCGAUGAUGCUAUUGAAAACUUCGAUUUCGAUAGAGCCAAAUCUGUCAAUGAUUACAAGGAAUCUAAUCAAAGAUUAACUCAAUUAACCAGAGAAUUCCAAAACAAACAUUUAACUAGAGAACAACAAAAAUUAUUGGAUGACGCCCAAAAGGAUGUAAACAACUCAUUGGAUCAAUUAUCUAAAUAUGGUAGGGAAUUUGUUGAUAAUACUACUAAAGCCAUUGAAGAUUCCAAAAAGUCAUGGUUCAACUGGGGUUCAGCCAAAAGAGACGAAUUAUCUGAUCAAUAUAAUAAGCAAAAAGAUUUAGCUAUCAAGAAGUAUGAAGAAAGCAAGAAGAAGAUGGAUGAAUUGGCUGCUAAGACCUUCAAAACUGAUGACGAGAAGAAAGAAUAUUUGAAACAAGCCGAGAAUGAUCUUAAUAAUGCCAUGACUCAAUUAUCAAAAUUUGGAUCUAACUUAUCUGCUGAAAUCAAUGAAAGAUUACAAAAAUCCAAAAAAUCUUGGUGGAACUGGUCAAGUAAAAAAUCUGAUGAAUUGUCCCAAUCUUGGGAACAAGGUAAAGAUUCUGCUAAUGAACAGUAUGAAAUCGCCAAGAAGAAGUACGAUGAUUUAGUUUAUCAAAUUAAGCAAGGUUUAGUUCCUGAAAAGGAAAAGGAAGAGCAUUUAAAGAAAGCUCAAAGUGACUUGAAUUCUGCUUGGAACAAUUUGAAAAAAAUUGUUGGUUAA